UGUUUUUUUUUUAUUGUGAAGGCUUUAGUGGGCGUUUGAGCAGACUGGGUUAACAUUCACUCGUACUUCCUCAUUUCAGACAAAAGAGUUUGUUCUCUACACUGGUGAGAGGAGUCCAGGAUGCUGCAACCAAAUAUAGAGUCCAGUAAUGAAGUGUCCUUCGGGACCUGCAGUGUUUUGCUUCUCCAUCAUGUCAUUCUUCUAAUACAGUCUGUUGGAGCUCUGUCAGAGUUGAUUUGUUCACGUCAACCAAUCGUAGCCCUGGCUGGUGAUGAUGUCAUUUUGCCAUGUCACCUUGAACCUGCAGUCAGUGCCGGUUCUGAGACAGUGGUGUGGAACAAACCUGAUUUGGACCCAAAGUACAUCCAUUUUCACCACGAUGGACGACUGAUGUAUCAGUUUCAAAAUCCAUCUUACAAUUAUCGUACAAGACUGUUUGUGGAUGAACUGACUAAAGGAAACGUCUCUGUGAAAAUCUUCAGCGUGAAAAUCUCUGACUCAGGAAAAUACUUUUGUUUCCUUCAAUCAUUGCAGAAGGAAGCUUCCAUCCAACUCACUGUUGGUGUUGUCUCCACACUAAUCAUACACGUUGUCUCAAAUAACAGCAGCAGUGUGGUGUUACAGUGUGAGUCUGAAGGCUGGUAUCCAGAGCCUGAGGUGUUUUGGCUGGACGGUGAGGGAAACCUCCUCUCUGCUGGACCUACAGAGACAGUCAGAGGUCCUGAUGACCUCUAUACUGUCAGCAGCAGAGUGACUGUGGAGAAGAGACACAGCAACAACUUCACCUGUAGAGUCCAACAGAAGGACAUCAACCAGACCAGAGACACUCACAUCCAGGUUACAGCUGAUUUCUUCAAGGAUCUGCCCUCUACUGAUUUGAUUUGGGGCGUCAUCUUUCCUCUUUGCUUUGCAGCCUCUGUGUUAAUAGUAGUACUAUGUUAUCACACACUUACUGACUGCAUCAAGAGGAACAGUAAUAAACAAGUAAAAAAACGAGGACAAACGAGACGAAAACAUUGAGACCGAUGGUUUCGAGGCUCAAAAGGAACCGGAGAACCAGAGAACAACUGAGGAAGACUCCUCCCCAACAAAAUAUGGCCUCUUGGUAGACAAAAAAAGAAGGGGGCCUUAAUGGAAACUGCACUCUAUUCUACAGUCAAAGAGGCUGUCAUGUGGUCGAACCCGACUGCCACAGAGAUUCACACAGCACAGUGACAGAUCACUCAAAACAGGCAGCUGGGAGAUCUGAAGGGGGUGCCUUUGUCCAAAAAUGUAAUUUAGUGAAGUGAAAAAAAGAUAUGUUUGAUAUAUGUCUGUUUUAUUUAUUUUACAUUUAUUUUUCUAUUUGAUUUUAAUUUUUUAUUGCAUUGAAAGAACAUGGUUCAUGUUUUGUUGAAAUUGUGCCUUAAUAAAUACUCAUUUAGAGUA